GGGUUGAUUUUGAAAAUUGAUUAUCAGUUUCGAUGAUAAUAGAAAGAUGGUUUUCGUUUAAGAGGCGUUGAUAGGAAAAUUUUGUGACAACAUAGAAAAAUUAAAAGUAACUGUCGUCGGAUCAGUGUGUUAAAAUUCAACUCGUCGUUCAGAAUGUCAGUGAGCGAAGAAAAGUCGAGCAUGUCAAGAUUACUUAAAUUGGCACAUAAAUUUAAUUGUUUUUACUUGUCAGGAUUAACCACCGGAGACUGCAAACCUUUUAUUGUUGAGGGCUUCCAGGUGGGACUAAUUAGACAUGAUGUCAUGCAGGAAUUAUUAUCCUAUCCUGAGGUUUUCAGAGUCACGUCGGGUUUCGUCGAGUUAAACCCGGCGUUCCGAGACUACGAGGAGCGCAGCACCCGAAUAAACGAAGUCCUCAAGAAAUUACGAGAGGAAAAUAAGUUUUCCACGCUACGCGGCUGGCGAGAUGAGGAAUACGAAGUUAAAACUGAAUUUCAUAAGCAGAGUUUAUUAAAAAUGGACCGAUCGGCUACGUGUCUAUUUGGAAUUAGGAAUUACGGCGUUGAUAUUAACGGUUAUGUUAGACAUCCGAAAUUGGGGUUGUGUAUAUGGUUACAACAAAGAUCAGCGACAAAACAACGAUGGCCCGGCAAAUGGGAUAAUAUGGUUGGAGGUGGAUUAUCUGUGGGUUAUGGAAUUUUAGAAACUGCUUUUAAGGAGGCUGAAGAAGAAGCUUCUUUGCCUAGAGAACUUAGAGAUAAAAUUGUUAGCGCGGGAACAAUUUCGUUUUACUUCGAAUCAGAACAAGGAUUAUUUCCAAACACGGAAUUUGUGUUUGACGUAGAACUGCCGGUGGAUUUUGUUCCAAAAAAUGCUGACGGCGAAGUGCAAAAGUUCGAACUCCUGCCUGCGAAAAAAUGUUUAGAAAGGUUAUUUAGUUCAGAUUUUAAAACAACUAGUAUACCGGUCGCGUUAGAUUUUUUGUUACGUCACGGAGUAAUAUCGCCCGAAAACGAAACACAUUAUACAAGGAUAGUAGAAUUACUUCACGUUCCAUUACAAAAAAUAUACAAUAAUCAUCACAUUUGUAAAGAAAACGGUGGCAACGAAGACCAUGUAUAAUAAUAAAUUGGAAGCCGAUAAUAACUUU